GUAGCCUUUCACCACUGUGUAAAUAAUGGCAAUCAGGAGUGUCGCCAUUUGCGCACUCUACGCCACUCCCGUGCUCAUCACGUUUCAAGACUGCUGCCUAACGUGUAGCGUUGUGUGUGGGGCCUCCAUGCAGCCGACUCUGAAUCCGGAGAAGAGCGCGAGGAGUUUUCGAGACGUCGUCGUGUUGAAUAUGUUGAGGAAAUGGAGAAGGCCGGUGCCGCAGCGAGGGGACAUCGUUGCCUACAUAUCGCCUAGAAAUCCCAGACGAAUGAUCGUGAAAAGAGUGAUUGGUUUGCCUGGUGAUGUGAUAGAAACACUUGACUACAAGGAGAAACGUGUCACAAUACCAGACGGUCACUGCUGGGUUGAAGGGGAUAAUCAUGGCCACAGCGAAGACAGCAAUCACUAUGGCCCUGUGGCGCUAGGACUAAUCGUGGGACACGCCACACACGUUGUUUUCCCACCAACUCGGAUGCGUAAGCUGUCCACCCAAAUACCAGAUGGAAGAACACCUUUAGUUACCCGUUACGAACAUACUCUUCUAGCAUAACAUCUAGU